UUUUUUUCGCUAACGAAGCUCACAUACUCAUGGCCAUGUCUCUGGGUCAAGCUGGCCGGGUUCUGGUGAAACCCCUCCGGGUUGUCCUUCAGCCCCCAGCCUCGGUCUUGAACCGGAGCUACGCGGCAAUUGCGGAAGCCCGAGCCGUGUUAAACGGGGAGCUCGAGUCCAUUCGCACGGCGGGGACGUGGAAAUCGGAGAGGAUCAUCUCCUCCAAGCAGGGACCGCACAUCAACGUGGACGGAAGCCGCAUUUUGAACUUCUGUGCCAACAACUACCUUGGCUUGUCCAGUCACCCAGAGGUGGUGCAAGCAGGGAUCGACGCUCUCAAGUCGUACGGCGCUGGACUGAGCUCAGUCAGAUUCAUCUGCGGUACUCAGGAUUUGCACAAAAACCUGGAGAAGAAGUUGGCAGAGUUCCACGAGAGAGAGGACUGCAUCCUCUACGCCAGCUGUUUCGACGCCAACGCCGGACUGUUUGAGGUCCUGCUGGGCCCCGAGGACGCCGUGUUGUCCGACGAGCUCAACCACGCCUCCAUCAUCGACGGCAUCCGUCUGUGUCGGGCCAAGCGGCUGCGCUACAAACACCUGGACCUCCGAGACCUGGAGAGCAAGCUCAAGGAGUCUCAGUCCUCUCGCAUGCGGCUGGUGGUGACAGACGGGGUCUUCUCCAUGGACGGGGACGUGGCCCCUCUCGUAGGAAUCUGUGACCUGGCGGAGCAGUACGGGGCCAUGGUGUUCAUCGAUGAAUGUCACGCCACCGGCUUCCUGGGCCCCCGGGGCAGAGGAACUGAUGAGCUCCUGGGCGUGAUGGAGCGUGUUGACAUCGUCAACUCCACCCUGGGAAAAGCCCUGGGUGGUGCAGCUGGUGGUUACACGGUGGGCCCCAAGCCCCUCAUCGACCUGCUGAGGCAGCGUUCUCGGCCCUACCUCUUCUCCAACUCCCUCCCUCCUCCCGUGGUGGGGUGUGCCACGCGGGCGGUGGAUCUGCUGCUGGCCUCCAGUGACAUUGCCCACACCAUGUCUGCCAAGACCAUGAGGUUCCGGAACAAAAUGACCGAGGCGGGCUUCACCAUCUCAGGCUCCGCCCACCCCAUCUGCCCGGUGAUGCUGGGCGACGCGCGGCUGGCGUCGCUCAUCGCGGACGACAUGCUGAAGCUAGGAGUCUACGUGAUCGGGUUCUCCUUCCCGGUGGUUCCCAAAGGCAAAGCCAGAAUCCGCGUUCAGAUCUCGGUGGCGCACACGGACGACGACAUCGAUCACUGCGUGGACGCCUUCGUUCAGACGGCUCGCAGGCAUGGCGUGGUGUCUUGAUGACCAGGGAAGUGACUUGACUUCUUCACUAUGUUGACCAGGAUCAAUACACAAUGUUAUUGAUCAUCAAGAAUGUUUUCCACUUGGUAUUAA